CUAUUCCAACCAUGAAGGUGUUAUGCGGAGCAAUUAUUUUGGCCCUGGUGCAUUCCUCGCUUCAAGCUACGGAUUACUGUACUGCAAACCUUUGUAAAACUGGCGUUACGCAUGUGGGCUGCAAUCCUCCCACCACGUUUGCAGUUUCAGGAGGAGCUUUCGUCACAAUUGAUGCCGCCAAAAAAGCACUGAUUUUAGGUGAACAUAACAAACUGAGGAACAAAAUUGCUUUAGGAUUGGAGAAAAACAGCGCUGGAGUAGCUUAUAACACGGCUGCUAAAAUGACCACCAUGCAAUGGGACGAUGAACUGGCAUACUUGGCUUCAAUAAAUGCCAGGCAGUGCGAUAUGAAACACGAUGCUUGCCGCAACACCGUCGUCUACAAAUACGCUGGUCAAAAUUUGGCCAGUUAUGGCACCACUGCCACCUCUAUCAAUGUAACUGCACAAAUCAUUUCAAUGAUAGGCAAUUGGUACAAUGAAUCCGCAAAUGCCAAUCCUACAUUGAUCGAUAGCUACCAGUCUACAACGGCCGUUAUUGGACAUUUUACCCAGGUGGUUAAGGAUAGAGCGGAUCGAGUCGGAUGCGCAAUCUCGACCUGGACGGUGGCUCCCUGGAAUAAUUUGUUGCUGGCCUGCAAUUAUGCCCUUACCAAUAUUCUGGGAGCACCAACGUACGUAAAAGGAACGACCGCCUCAGGAUGCACCACCGGCAAGAAUGCACAGUUCCCGGGUUUGUGCAGCCCGAGCGAGGUUGUUAAAUAUGAUGCUCUUGCGUAAUACGUUUAAAAUA